CCUGUCAUGGCAGCCGCAUUGAGUAGCUGUUCCUUGAGCAGUUGUUAUCGGAUCGCGGCGGGAAGACAGUGCCUUGCCGUCCCCGGACUGGUGAAAUGCUUUGACCGAUGUAUUUAAAGAGACCUGCCACUGGUCUCGCCUUCUGUUUAUUCUACGUGGCUUCUUAUUUCACCAACAAGUAUGUCCUGUCUGUCCUGAAAUUCACCUACCCUACCCUUUUUCAAGGGUGGCAGACUCUAGUUGGUGGAUUUCUCCUACACAUUUCCUGGAAGAUCGGCUGGGUGGAGAUCAGCAGCAGUUCAAGGUCUGAAGUACUGUCAUGGCUGCCAGCUUCUGCACUUUUUGUGGGCAUUAUUUAUUCAGGUUCCAGGGCCUUAUCCAGAUUGCCAAUUCCUAUCUUUCUUACCUUACACAAUGCUGCAGAAGUUAUAACGUAUGGAAUCGAGACAUUUGUGCAGAAAGAGCAGACCUCUGCUCUAAAAAUCUGUAGAGUGCUGAUGCUACUGGUAGCAACAGGGUGCCUUCCCAUAUAUGACCCACAGUUUGAUACAGAUGGCUAUUUUUGGGCUGUCGUACAUUUGCUAUGUGUUGGCAGUUACAAAGUAUUUCACAAGUUGUGGAAACCUAAUUCUCUAAGUGUCUCUGAGCAACAGUAUAUAAACUAUGCAUUCAGUGUGCUGAUGUUGGCUUUUGCAUCCCACCCAACAGGUGAUCUCUUCAGUGCCUUGGAAUUUCCAUUUUUGUACUUCUACAGCUUUCACAGCAGUUGCUUUGCCAGUGGUCUUCUGGGAUUCCUUCUGACCCUACACACAAUGAAGCUUAAAAGCAACACAACCUCAGGACAAUAUGUGACUUGGAGUUUCCUAGCAAAGGUUAUCACAGCUGGUCUAUCUCCAUUCUUCUUUGAGAUUGCAUUGAAUGUACCGACAGCCUGUUGCCUUUUGCUUGGUGGAUUUGCUGAAGGCUUGCUUCUUUACACUGAAAGGACUGACACGUGAGGAAUGAGGAAGAAGAAGAAAAUAAUUAAAUGUUCCCAUCAGGGAUAAAUUGUUAUGACUGAGAAACCUGAGAAUAAACGUCAAGAGCAACAGCAGCAACAAUGAAGAAUGGCAGAUAAACAGCAAGUUAUCUGCAGUGCGAUCCUAGGCAUGCCUACUCAGAUGUAAGUCCCAUUGAGAUUAAUGAGACUUACUUCCAAGUAGGUGUGUAUAGGGCUGCAGCCUUAAUUCUUUCUUCUGAGCCGCAAAAUGCUCUUAAUAGCAGUUUGGAAAGGUGGGGCUUGAUUAACUUUAUGCCAGCUUUGCUAAAGUGCAGGGUUUCAACUAAACUGGGGAGGGACAGUGCUUAUUCUGCCCACCCCAUCCCUGAUCCAAUCUUUCUUUAACUUCUGCAAAGCAACUGUAAGGAUGCUUCAAUAUAUCUGGGUAGAGGGAAGCAAACAGAUGAAGUAGUGUAGCCACCAUGGCAUGACUUUUGAUUUGGCCACAUUUGAUAAUCAAGUGGUAAAUUCACAGAUUGUCAUCUUUUGGAAUGAGUGUUUAUGUGUCUGCCCCACACUCCUUUAAAAGGUACUGUGCCUUACUUCAAAAUGAGGUAAGCUGGGCCUGUUGCAUUUGGUGGCCCUCCUACUCAUUCUGUGGACCUCUGUCCUAAAGUUCUGCCCUAAUGGCACCACUGCCACUCAGCCACGAAGUUCACUGGACAACCUAGGACCAGUCUCUCUCUCUCUUUUUUUUUUCUUUGCCUAACCUAUCCUAACCUGGUGCUGUCCAGAUGUAUUGGAGUACAACCUAGGACCAAUCUCUCUCUCACUUUUUUUCUUUGCCUAACCUAUCCUAACCUAGUGCUCUCCAGAUGUAUUGGAGUACAUCUCCCAUCAUCCCUAGCCAGCAAGGGCAUGUUUGGGGAAGGCUAGGUUAUAGCAUGGGUGGGCAACGUGUGGCCCUCCAGACCUUUUGGCCUAUAAGUCCCAUGAGCCCUUACCAUUGACUACCCACCCAUGGCUUAUAGGAUUUCAGCCUAAAUUGACUGUGGAUGUCUCUCUGUGCCUGCAGACAAAGGAGAGAGUUGCAGUCUCCCUGUGUCCUUUAGUCUAUGAGAGGACAGGCAUAAUAGUUAAGGUGACUUAACUUUUGUAGUUAUGUAUUUGUGAGUAAAAACAAUUCCUAUUGACUCUGAAGUGUAAGCACAUUGAGGACUGGAAUUUACAAGCUUCUGUAUGAAAACGCAAGUGACAUUAUUAUUGAGCAUGUGCCUUGCAGAGGGGUACCAAUUAUGUAGACGGUUCUCUUCUCAGAGCCUCUGCUGAGUUAUGAGUUGGCCUCCAAGGAGCUGAACGUCCUCCACUGCUUCAUAGCACAAGAAGAGCUGCUUUCCUUGUGGAACACAUCUGUAUUUUUUGAGGAACCAAGGGCUGAGCGACCUGAACCACUGUGAACACACAGGUGCUAUCUCCAGUAAAUUCCGCAGUAACCAGCAUCUCCUGGAAGAUGGACGUACCCAAUCCGAACUGCCAAGUUCAAGCUUGUGACACUUUCUUCUUCUUCUUCUUCUUCUUCUUCUUCUUCUUCUUCUUCUUCUUCUUCUUCUUCUUCUUCUUCUUCUUCACUAAGAGACACAAGGCCUUUGGAGUGAUAACCGAGUGGCACAUCAAAGUUGCAUUGAAUGUAAAAUCAUUCACAAGUAAAUCUUAUUUCUGUUUA